AUGGGACAUUUUUACGAAUCGUACAGAAAUGUGAUUAGUGGCUAUACGGAUCUAUUUGCACCACAAUAUACAACUAUUAAGGACGUAACAUACAUUGCAAUGGUACACCACAAGGACAAUAAGACAAAUGUUACCAUCUACAAAGCCAUGGACCUAACAACCCAUUUUUAUUUUGAGUUGGAUUAUUGCAUAACAUCUUAUGUAUUUAAUAAGCACAAAAUGAUAUUUGUGAGUGAUAAUAAGAUAGAAGAAUACACUAGGGAUACAUUAGUAGCAAGCUAUGUCUGUGCUGAAAAAAUAGAUCGCGUUAGGGCUAUUGAAAACAGAUGGAUAGUGAACUAUAAAAACAGAAUAGUUGUUUUAGAUGAGAAUUUGAUACAAAUAGAUCAAGUUGAGCUUAAUUUCAGCAAAAAGUUUGACAAUAUUUUAUGUAUGGGAAAUAACAAAAUACUGUUACAUGCAGGAAAGAAGAUGUUCAUCUACAACUAUAGUAAGAAGAAGCUUGUCUAUACUAUUGUAAUGGAUGAAAGAAUUGAAAAUGUGUUCACUACAGUUGAUAGGAACAUUGUGUUAUUUGUGAUGGGGAAAGAAAUAGUAGUAUAUGAUAUCAAGCAGGAUAAGAAGGUGUAUAGCAUAUUAGAAUAUGUCGAUGAUAAUAUGGUGUAUAUUUCACAGUGCUAUGACAAAUAUGUGCUAAUCUCUAUUUCUGAUAGCCUGAGAAUAGAUGUGUUUGAUAUGGAAUCAAAGAAGGUUGUAGACAGUGUGGAUGGAUUGCGUUGUUAUUUCUUAUCAGAUGAUACGAUAAUCUGUUUUGGUCCAGAUGAUAUGACACUAUACAAGUUGAAUAGCAAAGGUUGCUUCAAACUAUUCAAGAAACGUGAGCGUAUUACACAUCCAGAAUCCAUGUGUAGAAUCAAGGAGAAUAUUCUGCUUUGGAAUGAUCACACGAUUCAACUGAUUAAUCUGUUCAAAGACAGUAGAAAUGACAUUUUAUUCAAAAAGAAUUUUGAUAAAAUCAGUGCUAGUGAAACAAGUUGCCUGAUCCAAGUUAAUCACCAAUUCAUAGACAUCGAAUACAACAAGAAACAGACUAAGCUGUUUACUAGAAAAACAGACUGGUUUUACAAUUACAGGGAUCUGAUUCUGUUUGGAGAUGACUCCAACCUGUAUCUGGUUCACAAGAAAUCAGAGCGUGUUCUGAUCCAUGUUGACAACAACUUGAUCAAUCAGACAAAGAAUCGUCGAAUCAAUAGGACAAUUCAAGGUGGUGCGAUCAGUGAUACAUUAUUGGUGUAUUACACCACUACUUCUAUUCAGGUUUAUCAUCACAAUUUCAUUGAAUUCAAUCUGAUCAGUAACAUAGCCAAUAAUGCCCACAAAAAAGGCAUCAGAAUAUUUGGUGAUAUGAUAUUGAUUCAAACUAGACCAAAUCUACUGAUUUACAACAAGGAUCUAAGAAUAAUAUUCAAUAGAAAAUGCAAUGCCUUUGAUGUGGUACCAGGGUGUUUAUCAGUUAUAGAUGGAAGCAAAGUAACCAACUACGCUAUAUCAGGUAAUACUUUUACUAAGGCAUUUGAUCAUGAUUUUGGUUACAAAAUCAGUGCAGUCUCUCUGAUAAGACAGUUUGAUUUCAUCACAGUCUUUUCAAAGACGAACGUAUUCGAGUGUUAUACUAUCAAUGAAAUCAACUACAAUACAACUGAAAUAGAAUCUGAAACUAAAAUAGACCAAGAUAAUGCACCAUUAGAAACCAAAAAGAAUGAACCAGAAAUACAAUUUCUGCAUUAUUUGAAUAGGAAUAUCCAAUGCAGUAAACAGAGCAAACAAUUACGUAAAGAGGCUAUGGAAUUAUACAAAGACAUUCUACUCUAUAAGAGUUGUAUCAGCAGUGAAGAUACAGAGUAUUACAUCAAGGGAUUAAGCAAGGAAGAAGUUAACAGAAUAAUCAGAAUGAUAACUGAAGAAGGCCUAGAAUUAGAACUGGUGGCAUUGGUGAACAGAUUGCUGGUUUAUAAGGGGAAGUGGAUUGAAGAAGGCAACCUGAAAAUACUCUCCAAUAAAUAUGAUAUUUAA